AUGACCGAAAACGAUCGUCGAAACCAAAGCUACAGGGGUGGGCGCAAACGCCGCUACAGAGAUGAUGAUGACUUCGAUCGACGCCCUCAGAGGCGCAGAUACGAGGAGCCAUUGUUUGUUCAAGUCCGACGGCAGUUGUUGACCAUUGCGGAAUCGGCUGCCCGUAGAGCAGAAGAUGACGUCCAGGGUAUCGCGAAGACCGUCACGGAGAACUAUGAGGAUGAGGAGAUCCGUCGCGACUUUGUCAACAUCGCCCUUGAUCUUGUCCUUGAACAACCGAUGAAAAUUCCCUUUAUUGCCGGCACGGUCCUUGUCGCACAUGGUCUCAAGCCCGAGCUUGGAGUUGAGGUUUUGGGCAAGGCUGCCGAGGCCUUGCAAAAGUACAUUGAUACGGGGGCAUGGCGUGAAGUCAAACUCCUUGUUCGCUUUUUGGGUAUUCUCCAGCCAAUCUACGAAGGUGACGGCAUCUUCCCUCUUUUGGAGGAGCUGUUCGCCCGUGCUGUCGAUCUCCAGACUGCCUCUUCGGAAGAUCUUCUUGGUCUUGAAUUGGUGAAGAUUAUCCAAUUCACCAUUCCUUACAUCAUGUUAUCCCCCGCCUCUGGCUUUGAGGCCCAGGCUUCUGCGCUUCUGGAGAAGACCGACAUUAUUGCGUCUACGCCGCACGCUCUUGUCGACCUUGUGAAUACAUUCAGCCCCGAAGAGAAUCAGGAGGCAGCUGGUCAAAGUGUCAUCAGUUUGAUGCAGACACAACUUCAGGGGGAGGCCAACCAGGGUUGGGACCUCAAGUGUCUCCCUCGUCCCUGGAAUGAUGUACAGGAUGCUGAGGCAGAGGAGCCAAAAUCAUUUGAAUCGGUUACCAAGGUCCCCUUCCCCCAGAUUGUCGUGCCUAACCCUGUACCGAACGGCGCACGUGCUCUCUUUCCAGAGGUCUAUCUUUCGGUGUAUGCCGACCAAGAAAUAGACACUGUUCCUUCAACCAAAGAUAUCUCCUCAUCGCUUAUUCGGGAUGUACUUGUCGAUACUAUCAAUCUCCUUGAUUUCAACCGCGUUGCUACAGCCAAGUUUCUCAUUGAUAUCGAUUGCUAUUUCACUCCCAACACAUUCGUCAAACGUGCCACGCCUUUUGACCGCAUGCGCGACUUCGCACCUGACGUUCAAGCCUGGAAACCGGAGGAUGUGGCAGUAGACGCAGUAUUUUCGCAGCUAUUCCAACUGCCGGCGUCGGAGCACAAGCUCGUCUAUUACCACUCCGUUCUCACGGAGUGCUGCAAGAUUGCCCCGGCAGCGAUUGCGCCGAGUUUAGGCCGUGCAAUCCGGUUCUUGUAUAACAGCCUGGAAACAAUGGAUUUGGAGCUCAGCAACCGUUUCCUGGACUGGUUCGCUCACCAUUUGAGCAACUUUGGGUUUACUUGGAAAUGGAGCGAGUGGACCCAUGAUCUUGAGUUACCUGCCAUUGAUCCACGAAUGGCGUUCAUUCACGGUGCUUUGGACAAGGAGAUUCGAUUGAGCUUCGCUCAGCGCAUUAAGGGAACUCUCCCGGAGCCUUACCCAAGCUUAAUCACAGAAGGCAAAGAGAAAGACACUCCCGAGUUCAAAUAUUCGUCUGAGAUGGCUCCUUACUCCAAGGAAGGGCAAGAACUCAUGCAGCUUAUUCGGAAGAAGGCUAGUGACGAAGAAAUCCAGCCUGUAAUUACGGCCAUUGAAGAACAGGCCAAGAGUCAAGGCGUUGAUGACCCCAAAAUCCCAUCCACGGACGCAUUUGUAACUUCGCUCUGCUACGUCGGAUCCAAAUCACUCUCUCACGUUCUGUCAUGCAUCGAACGGAGCAAAGAUCGCCUCCUGGCCAUUGGCACGGAAUCUCAACAUGCGCGCUGCCAAAUUAUCACCUCCGUCAUGGACUACUGGGUCGACCAGCCCGGCAUUGCCAUCAACAUCAUCGACAAACUGCUCAACUACACCAUCCUCACCCCGCUCUCGGUCCUCGAGUGGGCCCUCUCCGAAUCCGUUGCAGCAGGUACCAUCCUCUCGAAACCUCACGUCUUUGAGAUGAUCUCCGCUACUGUUGGCAAGGUCACCAACCGUAUGCGCCAGAUUGUUGCCGCCCGCGCCCAGCCCAGCCUGUAUGAGCCCCAGCUCAGCGUGAUCGACGAGACCCUCGCUCGCGAACGCACCGACAUGCAAGCCCUCUUCAAGUACAUUGAGGAUUCUAUCGUCUCCGUUGCUGCGGGAAGCAACGACGAGCAGAUGGAGCGUGGGGAUGGCAGCGGCAAUCUGCCUGAGGAUGCCAUUAUCCGCCAAUGGGGUCGUCGCUGGCUCCGCGUGUUCCGGCGAAAGGCUGCCGUCGAAGAAUCAUUCAUCUCUGAUGCCCUUGCUAAUGCCACCCCCCUUGGCACGCAAGCCCCGCAUGUUCCUGAGCCCGAGGGUCCUGCGGACGCAGAUUUGGAUAUCGCCGACGCAGAUGCGCAAUAA